AUGGCGCCAGGGUCUCUGCUUGAGGUCACAGGUGGACCUGGCACAGGCAAGACUGCACUGCUGGCGGCCAUGGCCGUAGCAGCAAGACUGGACGCUCUGCGCGAAUGCUUGCUUCAAAUGUCGUCGGAUGGCUCAUGCGGCUCGCAGCGGAUGGACUGGGACGCUGUCGUAGAAAAAGCCGAGAGCGUACUUGUCAUGGGUGAGUGCUUGAAGGAGGAUCAUGCCAUCUCCACCUUGACUCAUCUGCCUGCCAAGCUCCACCUCAUGCAGACACGGAGGGCAGUCUGCCGCCAUCGCGGAUUCUGCAGGCAGCCAGAUCGCAAAUCGCCGCACUGGAUGCGGGCGACGACCCUUUGUUGGUAUGCUGCAACAGUACUCACGCCGUGAAUACGCUGGCCGAUCUGCACAGGUCGGGCCCCUGUGCAACUGGCGGUCAGGCGUCGCGAAUGCUCGUCAAGGCAGUACUCGUAGGUGUCCACCACUCGAGGGUGCCCACAUUAGCUUCGCUACUUGCGCACAUCCACCUCGCUUUUCCCACUCGGCACUUCGAAUCAACGGACGAGGAUGGUGACAUGCCGCCGGACGAGCACUCGAGCCAUCUGCCCGCUCGAGUGCGCUUGAUUCUCAUCGACUCGAUCUCAUACCACCUCAGAGGGCCGCAAGGCGAGACUGCCGCCGAUCGAUCCAUUCGCUCCCACGCGCUGUCUCGCAUCGCGCAAUUCGCAGAGCGAUCACGAUCAAGAGGCAUAUGCGUGGUCGUCUCGAAUCAAAUGACCGUCAAAUUGUUCGGCAAUGCUGGCGAAGUCAGCAAUUUCCGGAACCACGAAGCUACAGCUCGACUCGUACCUCAAGUCGUUCGACCAGUCGUGCGGUACGAGCACGAGGAUGAUGGCGAAGGACCUUGCGAAGUGGUUGCGACAACCGAUGAAGAAGCUGCGUGGGCCUUUGGCGAGCGGGGAAGCAUCUUGGGCGAAGAGACGAGCCGAGUCACGCUAUUCCGUGCUGGGCCAGAUUACCAGACGUGAGUGUAGCAAGAGGGGAUUUGGCCUGGCUUGCCAUGCAGAUUCGUGCUUCAUCGCUUUGCUCAUCGCAUCCGCUUGGAAACAGGUUUGCGCAGCUGACAGGUCGUGCGGCGUCGCAUGCUACCGCACUUGCGUCGGCGUCGACUUCAUCAGCCAUCAAAACAGAGGCACCUGACGGGGAUCUUAAUGCCGACGAGGCUACACAUCCACGAGACGAGCGAAUGAUAGCAAGCUGGAAGACUUGGAUUCGCUUCCACAUCGAUGUGAGUGCUUUGAGACCUGUCAGCACUGUGACGGCGGUCUCGGACGCAAGUGGAAGCAGUCCCCCAAGCGAUUCUUUCGCGCUUCGCUCCUGGCUUUCUGCACUGACGUUGUCUCCUCGGCUUUCGCUGCGCACAGGACCAAGGAGCUCCUCACGAGACAAGGUGGCCUUUUCCAUCACAACAUGCUCAAUCACAUGUUUAA